AUGAUUAGUCGACGUAAAAUCAUCUCCCGUUCCCACGAUGUACUCAAUGAUGGCAAUAGUAAUGUCAAUCUCUAUGAGUUUGACGAUAAUUAUUGGAUUAGUAAAGACAAACUGUUUCGGGACCACAUACAGGAAAUAUUGCAAAAAUGGGAUCAAAUUGAUGAUGAAAUUUGGGCUAAAAUAAUAUGUAUGGAAAGGAACCGACGGGUGGCUAAAGCAUACGCCAGAGCACAGGUACUGUCCAUCAAUGGAUCCAAUACGGGCUUUGAUGGCUAUCGGAUCGGUUUGAAUGGCUUUCAAAAUCCUAAACGCGAUCCAAUUACUGAAGAUGUCAUGAAAUAUAUUGGAUCGGGAGCAAAAAUAAAAAUUGAUGAUGAUGGUAAUAUUAUGAUCAAAAGAGUGGGUAAAUGCAAUGUAUAUGUAAAUGGAAAUGGAUUGAAUGGGACAGUCAGUACAGGAAAAGGUGGUCAGUCAUCAAUGACUGGCAUAGAGUUUGAUAAAUCGCAUAAACUAUUUGAUAUGAAGACCUUCCAGACGGAUGUGUUCAAUGAAUUAAGGAACUCAUAUCCUGACAGACGAAAACUGGAGAUCCAGUGUAUUUCAUGUAUGGCUUUUGUACGCCAAGAGACUAACGUAUUGGAUCAGCCUAUUUGGAUGAUGCUUAUCAAUAUUGUGGCACUGGAUAUGCUGAAGACAAAGUUUCCCAUACCAGUGCCACAAACACCCAAAUUUAUUACAAUAUUUGAACAGUCCGUCAAUGAUAGAGAACUACCGAAAGCUAAUUACAUGAAUACUAGUAAUUGUUUGACAAAUAAAAGAUAUUCACAACAAUUUUUAAGUACAUUCAACAGACAGGAUAAGACACCAACAUCUAGAUCUACCGGUGCCACCACCGACUAUAGCCUAAUGUCCAGUUCCUUAUCGUCGACGUCGUCAUCAACAGCGGCACAACAGCAGCCAACCUCACGACGUGAUCACUUGAAUCGUGUUUUGACAGAAAAUGAAAACUUUUCGCCAAAUAUUUACCGAAACCGAUGUCUCGAUGACUUAUACUAUUGCGGUCUCGAGGCUCGGGUACCAAACUAUGGCCGACAGCGGACAUCGUUAGCUAUUUGUGCAAACAAUUCAAAUGUGGAUUUAAGAAAAUACUUUAACAGUUCGCUACAGUUGUCAUCGUUGGACAACAGCGGCGGCAAUGAUAUGCCAAGUAUUAGACCGAUUCGGGCACCGAUUCCCGAGUUCGACCCGAUUGACGACUGUCCCGAAUCUAUGGACAUGUUUGCCGUUUAA